CAGCUAUUUUUGUAGUUUAUACAGUAAACAUAAAGUCGGGUGUAUUUACUUCGCCACAGGCUACCGAUGUCCAAACAAACAAUAUGAAUUAAUCUAGUUUUUAUUUGAUUACCUCUUACACAGGCCUAGUUACUGAUUAAUCACUUGACCUAAUACGUUAGAAGUAGUGAACUUUGCUCUCAGAUGUCCCCAACAACCUUUGGUAUCUGAGCAACAGCAAAUAUUGAAGAGCAAUUUCUCUGACUGUGUACAAUUAAUAUUGCGCGGUUUAUAAAGCAGCCACAAACUUAUGACCUGCACUCGUUUUACAAUACAGACUCUUUAGAAGCUUUUGAAUUGUGGUUGCAAUGGACAAAACAUUUGAUGCUGAAUUUAAACUACCGGACCUACCAAUUUCGACAUUAGAAAACACAAUAUCUAAAUAUUUAGAUUCUGUAAGGGCAGUUGCAAGUGAUGAAGAGUUUGAAAACACGAAGAAAAUUUGUGAAGAUUUUCUUGAUGGUGAAGGAGUAAAACUUCAUGAAAAAUUACAGGAGCAUGCAAAAACCCAACGAAACUGGCUUGAAAAAUGGUGGUUGGACAAAGCUUACUUGGAACUUCGGUUUCCAUUGCCCUACAUGAACUUCGCUGGAUGUGCGACAUAUCAGGAUUAUUUUUGGCCAUUGAAAGAAGGCACACAGCUAACUAGAAUGGCUUUCAGUCUUCAUAUUGUUGCAACAUUUUGGCAACUUUUACGAAACCAGCAAUUGCCCCCUCAUAAAAGUGGCGCAGGUCAAACUCUCUCCAUGGAUCAACUGCGGACAGCAUUCAACACUUGUCGCAUACCUCAUCGUGGCAUGGAUGAACUUGCCAACCAUUUUAAACCUCGCUCGGAUGGUUACACCCCCUCACACACAGUUGUCAUAUGCAGAGGCUACUUCUUUAAAUUAAACUUGAUCAAUCCAAAAUCAGAGAAGCCAUAUACACCCCCUCAAAUUGAGAAAGCUUUACAAAACAUUAAAGACAAAUGUGUAGCUCGUGCUAACGCAGCUGAUGGUGUAGCCGCACUCACCGCACUUGAUCGUGACCGCUGGGCAGACAUACGAAAUCACUUGAUAGAUUUAAGUGAAAUAAACCAGAAGAAUUUGUAUGAGAUCGAGUCUGCAAUUCAUGUUGUAUCCAUGGAUGAAGAAAUAGUGGGGCAAACGGACACAGACAUUCUAAGAAAUGGUUUCAGUGGUAAUCCCACCCAGAGAUGGAGAGAUAAAUGUUUUAAUGAGAUUUGGGGAGCCAACGGUUCUUACUCCAGCAGUUGUGAACAUAGUGCAAUGGAUGGGAUGGUUAUGGUUUUGUUCGUUGAAUUCACUAUGAGUGUGUUGAAGCCGUGUAAUGGUGUGUGGAUGGGAUCUGCAGAUUGUGCUGAAUUUCCAAAACCUGAAGAACUAGAGUUCCGCUUGGAUGAGCAGGUUUAUGAUGCAAUAGAAGAAGGAAAGAAAGUGCAUCAAACUUUCGAUGAGGAUUUGCAACUUAUUGUUCCAUCUUUUACAAAAUUUGGCAAACUAGAACUCAAGAAGCUGAAGAUUGUCCCAGACGUUUUCAUUCAAAUCUGCAUUCAACUUGCUUACAUAAGACUGCAUGGAAAACCAGCAGCCACUUACGAAACUGCAACUACAAGAAAGUACUUUCAUGGGCGAACAGAGACGUGUAGAACCUGCACCCCUGAACUUGAAGCUUUCUGCGAAGCAGCUAAAAGCAGUGAUAACAAUAACGACCCUGUUGUUAUUGAGUUGUUGCGCGCAGCUCAUGAUAAAGGCUUGGCCCUCAUGCGGGCAAGUAGUGAUGGGAAAGGGUGUGAUCGCCAUCUUUUUGCUCUUGCUAUUGUAGCGAAGGAGCAAGGGUUGUCCCUACCUGCUUUAUUCAGUGAUCCGAUGUUUGAGAAAAGUGGUGGAAAUGGAAAAUUUGUUCUUUCAACAAGUUUUGUUGGAUAUUUCAACUGCAGUGGGGGUGUGCCGCCGAUGGUGGACAAUGGAUACGGAAUCUUUUACCGCGUAAACGACCACAAGCUACCUUACGUCGUUACCACCUGGAAACAUUGUGACGUCACAAACAACAAACUUUUCGCCGCAGAACUUGAAAAGGCGUUUGUAGAUGUUUUCAAAAUGUUUGAGUCAAAAUCGCAACUUUAAUGAAGAAAAAACGAUUUUUGCCGAUUUGUUUUAACUAUUACAAUGCAAGACCGCUUUAAACAUAAACCUCGAAUUAUUGUGUUAUUGUGUAAAAUAUUUUUCUGCGACCCUAAACCUCGUACUAAUGUUUAAAGUUUAUUUUAAUUUGUGCUGGCAUUAAAACGUAUUUGUACUAUUUUUAAUUGAAUUUACUUUGUAUAACCAGUCUUUCUGUGAACCUAAACCUCGAAUUAAUGUUUGAAGUGUACUUUAAUUUGUGCUCAGCCUACUUUUAAAAGUAAUGGUACUAUUUUUGAUUGAAUUUACUUUGUGCAACCAGUCUUUAACUGUAUGGAAAAUCGCUGAAGCAUUGAACGACGUUAACGCAAUAUAAUUAUACUUUGUGC